GGAUGGGGAAACUAAUAUGGCGACCUCAGUAUUAGGUUAUCAUUUUAUUUGAACUAAUUUAACUAUUUCGUCCGAUUUCAACCAAUAUAAAUAGAUCUAAAUAUUCUCUUACAAUUAACUUUCUAUGUUCUCUUUCUAUUUAAAGAAAUAAGUCGCGUAAGAGCGGUGUGAACUCGUGUAAAUAUAUAGUUCCAUAGGGGCUUAAAACAAAGAAUAGUGUAGGAUUUAAAUCUUGUUAAAUUUCAAUUAAAAUGAUUGAAGAACACAACGAGCAUGAAACAAUAUAUGAUUCUGUGAAUUCACUCGUGGAAGGUUGUCGUUUACCGGUCAAAAUGCAAGGAACAGACGAUUGGCCCCUAGCUGAAAUUAUCAGUGUUAAGGAUAUACACAGUAUCAGAUGUUAUUACGUGCAUUAUGUUGAUUUUAAUAAGCGAUUAGAUGAGUGGGUUACUGAGGAUUGUUUGGACACUAGAAAAGUUCAGUAUCCUCAACGAGAUGGAAACACUGCUCCCGGAACAGGAGCAGGUACUCCAAAAAAGCAAGUGCAAAGCAGACCUCCUAGUCCUAGUAGCGUUAGUAAUAAACCGGUGAAUGGUAAUGCUAUAUUACAAGCAGCGUUACAAAAGAAAAUGUCUAAGAAGAGAAAGUCAACAUUUUUAGAGAAUGAGGAUUCCCAAGAUGGUCCACUUCAAGCAACAGGUCCAAGACCUACCGGUUCUUUAGUUGCUCAUCAACAGGAUGACGUUGUUACACGGAUGAAAAAUGUUGAACUGGUAGAAUUAGGUCGUCAUAGGAUAAAACCUUGGUAUUUCAGUCCGUACCCGCAAGAAAUGGUGAAUCUUCCAUGUAUAUAUAUUUGUGAAUUCUGCUUGAAGUAUAGGAAAAGUAGAAAGUGUUUGGAGAGGCAUUUAUCCAAGUGCAAUUUACGUCAUCCACCGGGAAAUGAAAUAUAUAGAAAAGGGUCUAUUUCGUUUUUUGAAAUUGAUGGUAGAAAAAACAAAAACUAUGCGCAAAAUUUAUGUCUAUUAGCUAAAUUAUUUCUCGAUCAUAAGACAUUGUAUUACGAUACUGACCCUUUUCUAUUUUACGUUAUGACUGAUUUUGAUAGCAGAGGCUUUCAUAUUGUUGGAUAUUUUUCUAAAGAAAAGGAAUCACCUGAGGAUCACAACGUUGCCUGUAUUCUUACACUGCCGCCAUACCAAAGAAAAGGAUAUGGAAAAUUGUUAAUUGAAUUUUCCUAUGAACUCUCCAAAUUCGAGGGUAAAACUGGAUCACCUGAAAAGCCAUUAUCUGAUUUGGGUUUGCUGUCGUAUAGAAGUUAUUGGACGCAUACGAUACUUGAUAUAUUAUUAAAUAUUAAACCCGUAGUCGAUAAUGAGAAACCACAAAUAACGAUAAGUGAAAUCUGUGAUUUAACUUCAAUCAAAAAGGAAGAUGUUAUAUCGACGUUACAAAAUUUGAAUCUAAUUAACUACUACAAAGGACAAUAUAUCAUAACGUUGAAUAGGGAAAUUAUUGAUCAACACUCGUCGGCAAUGAAAAAACGCCAAGUUCGGAUAGAUCCAAAGUGUCUAUAUUGGACGAAGGAUUGGAGUGUUAGGGAUUAUUAAUUAAUUAAUAAUGUGUGUGAUUUUAAAAAAUUGCUAGAAGCCGAUGUUAAUUAUGUUAUGAAAUUAUUUUCAGGAAUUCUCAAAGUAUGAUUUGAAACUGACUAAUUGUACAUAAUAUUUUUACAUGUAAGAUCUUACGGUCUCACAUUUUUCAAAUUUGAACCAUAAUGGUUUAACUAUAAUUCAUUCAUUUAGUCAAACAAAUUGUACUAGUAAGAAAUUAUAUAUAAAUUAUUGCGAUAAGUGAGUUUUGUAUGAAACAAUCUUUACACUGUGCAUACUAACUCGUUAGUAAUGGCAACGUUUUUUAUACGAUGAGCAGAAUUAAAAAGAAAAAAAAUAUAAGAAUCAGUCUAAGUCUUUAGGAUUGUUUUGUUUGUACAAAGACUUGGAUGAUAAUUUGAGAUUUUGUAGAAAUGUAAAUAAACGAAAUAUUUUAUAAAAUA